AUGGCCCUGAAUCCUUCGGCUUUCACCACCUUUUAUAAGGCCUUUAGGAGGGCCAGUGAGGGGGACCCCUGUUCAGGCUUUCCUGGAGUUAGGAGUGGAGGGGGUCCCAGGAGAGGUCCGAGCUCAGACAGGAGCCUCUCUCUCUCUCUCCGUCUCUCUCAAUUUCUCUAUUUCUCUGUCUCUCUGCCACACACACACACACACACACACACACACACGGGGAUCCACCCCACCCCUGGGUUCCGGAGAAGCACAUCAGCUGGGUGCCAGCGGCCCUCAACCAGGCUGUCAGCCUUAGACUCCUCCACGGCCCGGGCUGGCCCUGUGGUGGGCAGGGGUCUCGCCGGCAAUCGCCAAACCCCCCAGGCCCCAGAAGCAGAGCACUUGGCCCUGGGAACGAAUGGUGUGCAGCAGGACCAGCUGUGGAGGGAGCUCUUGGAGGCCGAGAGGAGGGGCCAACAGCGCUGGGCUCAGCACUGGAGUUUCCUGAAAGACUAUGACCCCCUGGGCAACAAGAAGGAGCCUGUGCAGCUGCUGGAGAAUGUGCCUCUCUUCUCCGACACGGUCCCCAACUCCACGAACCAGGUGGUGGGCAGCAGGGUGGACACGCCCCUGGGGCAAACCCUCAUCGGCAUGGACUUCUUCUUUGUGGACGGAGUCCGGAAGAAGAAGCUGGAAGCCGAGCUGCAGCCCGUGUAGGAG